CAAACAGGGUCACGCAGCCGUGUUGUUGCGGACUUUGUAUUUGGAGUACUUUAAUGAAAGAUUCACAGCUUUUAUAUUAUUUGUAUUAUUUUAAUAGAAAAACACAACAACAACAACAACAACAACAUCACCAGCAUGUCUACCGCCAUGAAUUUCGGGACGAAGAGUUUUAAACCUCGGGCUCCCGAUAAAGGCUCGUUCCCUCUGGAUCAUUUUGGAGAGUGUAAGGCCUUUAAGGAGACGUUCAUGAAAUGCCUGAGGGACAACCACUUUGACAACUCCCUGUGCCGACUGCAGUCCAAAGACUACCUGGAAUGCCGCAUGGACAAUCAGCUGAUGGCCAAGGAGCCUCUGGCCAAACUGGGUUACAAGGACCUGGAGGAUCCUCCUCCCAGCCAAGCAGACGGAGACCCUAAACCCUGACCUGCUACUCCACCACAGCCGCUCUUUGGGGGAGAAAGAAAUGGAAGCAUGGUGUGGCUGUGAACUCAACGUACCAAAGCUUUUGGUGUGAACAAAAUGGCAAGUCCUACAAAAAGCAUAUUAAGACUGCUGAGUGAGUGUGAAGCUGAGACCAAUGGCUUCAGAGACUUUGAGAAUGGGGGCUUACCAGAGGACUGUUGGUUGGUCUUGGUUUGUUAAAGAGAACAAACUAAUUGUAUGAGGCCUUCGUGUGUAUAUAAGAUAUAAUAUAUGGAGAUGUCAAUAAAUAUUUUGUAUUUGAAGACUUUAUCAUGUGCCCUCGAUGGACUGGCGGCCUGUCCAGGGUGUCCCCUGCCUUCGCCCUAUGUCAGCUGGGAUAGGCUCCAGCACCCCCGCGACCCUAAUGAGGAUAAGCGAUAUUGAAAAUGGAUGGAUGGAUGGACUUUAUCAUGUGUUAAAAUGGUGACACCUGCAGGCAGCUUUAUUCCAUUCUGAUCUGUUGAUAGUGACAAGUGGUCUUACUUUUAUUUCUUUAUUAAAGACACAAUGAAAUGGUAACAUUUCUUUUGUUGCGUAAAUCCUACAAAACCAACAAUGUUCUGGUCCGUCUCUUAAUAUCUUACAAAUGUCAAAUUAUUUUCCAAGUAUGUUCCUGCUGCACUUUUUAGGAAACGUUGCUCAAACUGGAGGGACUUGGGGUUUGGUCGGGGACUAUUUUGAGCUGCGGAUUCAGAUUUGGUUUGCUAAAGAGCAUCUCUAUAGCAACAGGACGGUGUCUGUGUGGACUCAAAAUAAAGCUGUGAUGACGGAA